CUCUCCAUUUUCCCUCUCUGCCUCCCUCGCACUCACUGGUUUUUAAAAAAUCAAGACAUCUCUCUGCCUUGCUCUCGCCGCCUCCCCUCCCUUCCUAAGAUCUGGCGUUUCUUCGCCGUCGACCACCACCACGACUACCCUAAUCUCUUUCGCACACGACCCCCACCCCUUGCUCUUUCUCACUUCUCUCGGCCGUCCGGCGAGAAAUCGCCGUCACCACCGCUGCCCACUUCCUCCGGUCGUGCGUGGUCCCGCCCCGCCUCGGAGCCUCCGUCCUAGCGCUGCAAGCAGAAGUGCGCGACUGCGCCGCGCCUAGCCUUCCCCAUCUCCCCGCCCCGCCCCGCCUUCUUCAGCCUCGGCGCCUCCGUCCCCGGAUUCCGCAGUAGCAGAAGUUUCCGACGCUCAGUUUCUGGUAUUGCAGUAUAGAGCCAAAUGACCCCGAGGAAGAGGAGUUCGGGUUCUCAAGAAACUACUUUUUAGCAAAAGAAUUGUGCAGUUCUGGCAAGAAAUCAGCGCGCAAAGUUUCUGAUAUCAAUCUCGUAGACGAGCAGGAAUUAAGAGAAGCAUAUGCUAAACUUGAGUUCAAGCACGAGAAAGAGAUCAAUGCUCUUGUAGAAAGUUACAAGAAGUUGUAUACUGAAUGGGUUUUUAUGUUAAGGUGUGGAUUUGGGCUUCUGUUGUAUGGUUUUGGGUCAAAGAAGGGGUUGAUAGAAGACUUUGCUUCAACGGCAUUAACUGAUUAUUCUGUUGUAGUGAUCAAUGGAUAUCUUCAGUCAAUCAAUCUUAAACAGUAUGGAGCCAAAUGACCCCGAGGAAGAGGAGUUCGGGUUCUCAAGAAACUACUUUUUAGCAAAAGAAUUGUGCAGUUCUGGCAAGAAAUCAGUGCGCAAAGUUUCUGAUAUCAAUCUCGUAGACGAGCAGGAAUUAAGAGAAGCAUAUGCUAAACUUGAGUUCAAGCACGAGAAAGAGAUCAAUGCUCUUGUAGAAAGUUACAAGAAGUUGUAUACUGAAUGGGUUUUUAUGUUAAGGUGUGGAUUUGGGCUUCUGUUGUAUGGUUUUGGGUCAAAGAAGGGGUUGAUAGAAGACUUUGCUUCAACGGCAUUAACUGAUUAUUCUGUUGUAGUGAUCAAUGGAUAUCUUCAGUCAAUCAAUCUUAAACAGGUUACAGUUACAUUAGCUGAACUUCUGUGGGAGCGGUUGAAAACCCAAAGGAAAUUGGAAAAUCAUCUUAAGAACCAGCAACCAUUUCAUACCCAAUCCACGGAUGAUCUUAUUUCAUUUCUGGAUGGCCCACAUUUGGAGGAUGGUGAAUCUUUUAUUUGUGUUGUGGUGAACAAUAUUGACGGGCCCUGUUUGCGUGAUUCAGAGUCUCAGCAAUUUCUGGCUAGACUUGCAGCUUGUUCUCAUAUUCUCAUGGUGGCUUCCAUUGAUCAUGUGAAUGCACCUUUAUUAUGGAACAAGAAGAUGGUACACACCGAGUUCAAUUGGUACUGGUACCACGUUCCUACCUAUGCACCCUACAAGGUCGAAGGAAUAUUCUUUCCUCCGAUUCUAGCUCACAGUGGCAGCACACAAACUGUGAAGACGGCUUCAAUAGUUUUACAGAGUUUGACGCCAAAUGCUCAAAACGUGUUCAAAGUUGUUGCCGAUCAUCAGCCCAAUCCUGAUGGAGAAGGAAUGCCAUUGAACAAUUUAUACACAGUAUGCCGAGAGCGUUUUCUGGUGAGUAGCCAAAUUACUCUAAAUGCUCAUCUCACAGAAUUCAAGGAUCACGAGUUGGUGAAGACGAGAAGAAACGCUGAUGGUGAAGACUGCUUGUACAUUCCUCUCACGAGUGACGCGCUUCAAAAACUUGUACAUGAGAUUAGCCAAUAGAAGAUAUAGAGCACUACUUACUAUGUAUGUCCAUUUGCUGAAAUUUGUACUCUAGCUUCUGGCAUUUCAGCAAUUUUCAGCUUGUUUGAUAUUUUAUUAACUUAUGAUGUUGGGCUUUGAUCACAUUGCUUUAUAAUAUCAUCUACUACUCUCAAA